UUCUCCAAAGCAAAAAGAGAAACUGAGAGAUUUCCGGCCGACGGCGAGGCUCUCUGAGCCACCGUCGGUCCGGUUGUGGAGUUCUUUCUUUCUUUUCUAGUUUCUGGGUUUUGUUCGGGGUCUCUUGAUCUACCUAGGUUUCGGCGUCGCACCUCUCUAUGGUGGUCGUCCGACUUGUUUCUGGGAAGGGGUGGCUUUUUCAGCACUUUCUUCGCCGGCUUUGGGUACCGGGAGGCGGUGGCUCUUUCAGCAUCGCCAUCGUCGGCUUCAGCUUCCGGGAGGCGGUGGCUUCCGCAGCAUCGCUGGCGCCGGCGUUUGGGUUUUUUUUUAGGGUUUUUAUUUCUCCUCAUUUAGAUCUACGAGUUUGAGCUUACUUGGUUUUCGCUUCUCGAUCUGAAUCUGUUGCCGCUUAUAUGUCGGAGAUGAUGAAUCGAUUGUAGGCUUUAAUAUCUGUUGGUAAUUCGUAGAUCCGUCCGUUUUUUGGUUUGAAGUUGAUGCGAUUGAUGGAUUUGAGUAUCUCGAGGUCUGGUUUGAAUGGUUGAGGCCUGGUUUCGACUCUGCUGUCGACGGUGGCCGUCGAGUCGUCGUGACGCGGUCGCUGGUACCGGAGGAAGAAAGGAGGCGUGCGGCCUCGCGUGAAGAGAGGCGCCUAGCCUGUUAGGGUUUUGGGUUGGUGGUGUGGGCCUCUGGCCCAAUUUAUUUCUCUUGUUGGUAUGCCUAUGUUUUGGGCUUCGGAUUGUUGUAAGACUUGGGCCUUGCCCAUUCUGGAUUUAAUCCUUUUAAUAAACUUUAGUUGGGAAAAAAAAAAACACUAGUGGUUCUAUUUUAUCUUGUCUUUUAACUAAAUUGAUGGAGGGACCGUCAUUAUCAGAGGAGAUGAGUGGAUUGAGUGGAACAUGAUAUGGGUUUAUUUAUUAAAGACCAAAGAUAUAAGAAAAAAAUAAUUCUAUAAAUAGACUACUCUUCACUUCUAUCACUACAAAGCUUAUUUUUUAAAGUCUCUUCUGCAAAGUUUGUAAGAUUUAUCCUCCAUAGUUUAUGAUGUAUAUUCUUAUUCUAUCAUUUAUGUGUAUUUGUAAUUAGUUAUAAUUAUAUAAAAGAACAUUAGUUGCAUAUUUCUUGGUAACAAAAGUUCUAUAAUAAUAUUUAUAAUAUUAAAACAGAGAUAUUUAAGUAAGUUAAUUAUAAUUACAUGGUAAAUGACUAUUAAUGUUUAUUCAUUACUACAUUGCUAGUAUAAUAUAAUCAACCAUAUAAUAACAUUAUAUUUAAUAUUUUUUGGUGAUUCUAAUUUAAAAUUUGAUAAAUGUAUCUAUCGUUGUAUUACUUUAUAAUCUGAGCAUUACAAAUAAAUAAUUUAUUGAUAUUUGAUUAACAAAAUGUGAUUUCUACAUAUUAAUAAAAUUACUAAUAAGAUAUUGUUUAAAAGGAUAUUUGGAAUUUGGAAAAAAUGAGGAUUUUUUUGGGUGAAUUUUCAAGAUAUAAUAUUGAAGUGAAAAAGAGUAGUAUUAGCUACAAUCAAUCUGCAUAAUUUAAUUAGGAUUUCAAAUUUUAUAAGUGAUGAUUUUGCCAAAAUUAUGGCACAAAUCGAGACUGAUACGAAUAAGAUGGAAACACUAAAUACAGUUGAUGGCAAUUAAUGGCGAAUAUAAGAGACUUCAAAUGCACUAUGGACCAAUAAAAAUAUUCUAUAAUAUUUUUUUAUCAAUACUUUAUUUUUUGGGCUAAAAUCAAUAUUGUAUUUAAGUUUAUGUUAUUUUUUUAAUAAAAUAAUAUGUACUUGUUGCGUUUAAUUUUUUUUUUUUGCUUUAAAACUGUAACUGAAAAAAAAUAAAAAAAAUUUAUCUUUUAAAUUAUAAUUUGAACCACCAUUUAUCCACUUUCACAAUUCAAACAAAUAUUUUAGACCGCUUAAUCCGCUAGAUCCGCACUUGUACCGCCAGAUCCGUUAGAUCCGCUCUUGUUUUACUAGAUCCGCUAAAUCCGCAACGCUUGAUCCGCUUUUCCCAUUCGAAGCUUAAGAGUAACAUUUUUCUUCAUAUCAUCAAUGACAAUAGCGUCAUAAACCAUUAUUAUCCAUGUCAGAAAUUGCACUGUUUCGAACAUAUCAACAUAUCAGCAUUUCAAAUAUAUCAAAACUAAAUGAUUUAAAAAUUAGAAAAUGUUGCUUUUAAUGGUGAUAUGACAAAAAGUGUUAAUGUUAAUGGUCAUAUGUUCACAAUUAUUUUUGAAAAUAAAAUUUAGAGCUCUUAUAUGAUUGUGUUUUUUUUAAAGAAUUCUUAUUUUAUAUGAUCUUUUCAAACGAAUGAACUUUAUGACAUAUGAAUAAAAAUUGUUAUGACACCAUCAUCAUUGGUGGUAUGAAGAAAAAUGUUACUCUUAAUUGUGACAUGACAAACAAUGUUAUUGUUAAUGGUGAUAUGCUCAAAAUUAUUUAUUAGAGAUUUUUAUUUUUUAAAAAAAGAACUAAAAUAUUUUUAUUUGUUUAGAAAAUUGCAUUUAAAAAUGUUUUUUUUUUAUUUUAAGAAAGUUUCUGUAAAAACGAUUUUAAAAUUUUAUGUAGUUUUUCUAAUUUUUUAUUUGUUUCCUAUUUUAUUUCUUAUUAAUUAUUUUAUCAGUCAAAUAAAUAAAAAAUAAUCAAAAAGAAAAACUGACAUGUCACUUUAUUUAAAGGUCAUGUUAGAUUUUUAACUUAAUGAAUAAGUAAAGUAAGUUAGAGGUUUUUUACGAUAAAAAGUCAAUUUGAAAGUUUAAUAUGCUCGUUAAAUAAUUUCAAACUUUAAAACGUAAAUAAAUGCUAUUCUGAAGAUUAUUAUGCGAUUUUCUGUUAAAGUUUUAUGUUGAAAAGAAUUUGGUAGAAAAAAGUAAGGAGCAGAAAUAACAACAAAAAAAUAAAAAUCCAUCUUCUAAUCCGGCCCAUAAUUAAUAAGCCCAUUUAAAAUUGAUGAACUGCAUUUGUUGAAAAAUAUUUGUCCUUUUCUUUUUCUCCGCAAAGAAAGCGGAAUCGAGAGUCACUGCAGGUACCUGUCGGGAUCGGUUUUCUAUCGGUAAUCUUCAAAUAGCUAUCCUCGUUAAGCAGCUAAUUGGUUUUUGACGUUUAGAAGAGACGAUUUAGGUUUAUAAAUUUUCCAACUUUAGACCGAUUCUGGGUAAAUUGGUGAACAAAUCGGAGAAUUUGGCGUUAGGGUUUUCUUGUAAUCGCGAUUAUGAAACCACACGAUGAUUGGGUCGAUGGAUCUUGGACUGUAGAUUGUGUUUGCGGUGUGAAUUUUGAUGAUGGUAAAGAGAUGGUGAACUGUGAUGAAUGUGGGGUUUGGGUUCACACAUGGUGCUCUCGUUAUGCUAAAGGAGACGAUCUAUUUGCCUGUCAUAAGUGCAAGAUCAAAAACACCAAAGGGUUCAUGCUCAAGGAGGUCCCAAUUGAAGAAAGGGUUCAUGUUCAAGGAGUUCCUGGUGGAGACUUGUCUCUGUUUGAAAACUUUUCGUCUGUUUCGUCACGUCAGCUGUGGAAAUGUUCUGGUUACGUGCCUAAGAAGUUUAGGUUUCAGUAUAGAGAGUUUGCUUGUUGGGAUGAUCAUGAGAAGGGAAAUGCAUGUGAAACUGAGGACCCAGAAGAUGGUUCUGCUCCUAUGAAUGAAGGCAGAAUAAGAAAUUUUGUUUCUACACAAAUGGAGAUGAAAUGUUUUCAGAGUGAUGAUAUAAACAAAGAGACUUAUUUUUCUGAAGAUCGGGUAAAGAAGAAGGUUAAAGUUGCGGACAAAGAGGAAGAAGAUGAUCAUACGAACGAUUUGGUGGGCAAUACCCUGAAAAUGUUGUAGGAAGUAUUCGACUUUGAUGCAACAGGAGUCCUCACAACAAAAAGUUGUUAUCCAAGUUUAAGCUUUUGAAUGUUUUCGUGUCAAUGUUUAGGUUACUUUUGAAUUUUUUUUUGUGACAAUGACUCCAUGCUUAUGUUUAUAACUUUAUAUUCAGAUUUAACCCUUGAAGGGUUUCUUAAAGCAUCUCUAUUGGUAUUUUAUAAUUUCUAAAAUAAAGUAAGUCUAUUUUAAUGGAUUUGAAAAUCCGAAUUAAAUCUAGUGUUAUUGGUUCUAUGAUUUUCAAAUUUAUAUUAAAAUCAUGUGUUAUUAGUUUAAUGAUUCAUAAAUUCUAUAUCAAAUCAAGUGUUAUUCAAUCGUACGGAUAUACUAAUAUAUUUAAUUUUAUAAUGAAUUUAAAUGGAUUUUUUAGGAUUUUUUAGGAUUUUUUAUUUAAAAAUACAAAGACUCAAAUCCGAGGAAAAAUCUUAGAAUUUGCAUAUUUUACUUGGAUUUAUAAAUAUUACAUAGAUUUCUAAAUCAAUCAAUUCCUUAAGGAGGUGUUAUUGGUUUAUAUAUUUUGAUUGAUUUAGAACUCCAUACAGUAUUUAUAAAUUCAAGUAAACUAUACAAAUUUUCAAAUUCUCCCGGAUUAGUAUUUACAAAUCUGGAGGUUUUCCCUCGGAUUCGAACCUUUGUAUUUUUAACAAAGAAAUCCAUGCAAAUCCAUUCAAAUACAUUAUGAAAUCAAAUCUAUCAGUAAAUCCAUAUGAUUGAACAACACGUGAUUUGAAUUAGAAUUUAUUAAUCAUUAAAUGAAUAACACAUGAUUUCAAUACAUAUUUUAAAAUCACAAAACCAAUAACACUAGAUUUAGUUGGAUUUUCAAAUCCAUCAAUUAAAGUGGAAUGUAGAGGAAAUUAUAGAGUCUCCAAAAAACAUGUUAUGAUUAUGAAAGCCUUGGUCAUGUUAAUUGUUUUAGAAUCCUGUGUCAAUGGUUAGGCUUCUAACGUAGCGCUAGUUUAGAUUCUAGCCAUUGCAAGUCAAAUUUAACCACAAGCGGUUCAUAGAUUUCAUUUGUAUAAUAGUAGAAACUCCAUUAGGUAUAAAUUAAUAAAUUCACCGAAAACUAUGACACAAUUCGCGAAAUAUAAGAUACUUUUAUCUCAACAUAAAUAUAAUUUAAUAAUUGAAGUUUAUAUAAAUAUGAAUAAUAUAUUGUAUAUUUGAUUUUUUAUUCACGGUACAGUUUUUUUUUUAUCAAUAUCUCAAAAUGUUUGAUGUUAUAUUUCAUUUUAUGCUUAAAAUUUAUUUACAGUAUAUAUUUUCUAUGCACCAAAUAAUCAAAUAAGAAUAACAUAUAAUGUGUACCAUUUAUUUACUGUUAAAUAAAAUAUUCAUCUUAUUUUUACAUAAAAAAUAUUUUAAAAGAUAUAAAUCUAUAAAACUUCUGUAAAUCAAUAAAUUUGUAACUUAAUAAAAUAUCCAAAUCCUAAAAUUAUUAAUUUUUUGAAUUGUCAUAGGGAUUAAUUGUGUCAAUGUAUGGGGGUGUUUAUAAAACAUGCAAUAAAAGGUGAAUUUUCAUAUUGAGUUACUGCUCGAACCUUUAACAUAUUUUAUACAGAAUUUUCAUAUUUCAGGCUAGGCAUGGACAUUCGGGGUCCCAAUCGAGUUUCGGUUUUAUCCAUUCGGGUUUUGGUUUUUCGGGUUUAUCAAAACCAACCCCAUUCGGUUUAUAUAAAAGUUCAGUUCGGGACCGGUUCGGGUUCUAUCGGGUUCGAGUUUUAUCGGGUUCGGGUCAAGGUUAGUAACUCUUCAAAGAACCGGUAUAAUCCAUUGUACUUUCGGGUUCGGGUCCCAAUCGGUUAUUCGGUUUUAAAAUACUUGAUUUGUACCUAUUUUAUAACUAAAACGUAAAUGAAAUCGGUUUUUGGGAUUUAAAAUACAUGAUUUGUACAUAUUUUAAUAGCCAAACUAUAAGUAAAAUCGAUUCAAAAAUAAGAAAAAACAUCAAACGUUAUCAUUCAAAAUCAAGCGAAAGAUAAACAUAGUUAUUGAUAAAAAGAAAACCAGAUAAAUGAAAUCAUAAAACAAAAACUAAGUUCUUAUGAAAUGAGAAACAU